AACAACAAUAACUAACCAACGUAGUAACGCGUUGGUAAGAAAAAGUAAAAUCUUAAUGAGAUCUUCUUCUAGGAUGGGGCCUUCAGCCCAUCUCAUUUCCGCUCUAGGAGUUAUCAUCAUGGCAACAAUGGUUGCUGCAUAUGAGCCAGAAACAUAUAGCUCCCCACCACCAUUGUAUUCUUCGCCGCUUCCUAAAGUUGAAUACGAGACUCCUCCACUACCAUCAGUCUACAGUUCUCCACCACCACCUUAUUAUUCACCGUCUCCUAAAGUUGACUACAAGUCUCCUCCACCACCGUAUGUUUACAGUUCACCACCCCCACCAACAUACUCACCGUCUCCAGUAGAAUACAAGUCUCCUCCACCACCGUACGUAUACAGUUCUCCACCACCACCAUACUACUCCCCUUCCCCAAAGGUAGACUACAAAUCUCCUCCACCACCAUAUGUCUACAGUUCCCCACCACCACCAUACUACUCGCCUUCCCCUAAGGUCGACUACAAGUCUCCUCCACCACCAUACGUCUACAGUUCUCCACCACCACCAUACUACUCGCCUUCCCCUAAGGUCGACUACAAGUCUCCACCACCACCGUACGUCUACAGUUCUCCACCACCACCAUACUAUUCACCAUCCCCUAAGGUAUACUAUAAAUCUCCACCACCACCGCUAGCCGUCUACAGUUCUCCACCACCACCGUACUACUCUCCUUCUCCUAAAGUGUACUAUAAGUCUCCACCACCACCAUAUGUGUACAGCUCUCCACCACCACCAUACUACUCUCCUUCCCCUAAGGUAUACUACAAGUCUCCACCACCACCAUACUACUCACCUUCGCCUAAGGUGUACUACAAGUCUCCACCACCACCGUAUGUCUACAACUCUCCACCACCACCAUACUACUCACCUUCGCCUAAGGUGUACUACAAAUCUCCACCAUCAUACUACUCACCUUCUCCUAAGGUGUACUACAAAUCUCCACCACAUCCUCAUGUAUGUGUUUGUCCACCACCUCCUCCAUGUUAUUCUCCAUCCCCUAAGGUUGUGUACAAGUCUCCUCCACCACCAUAUGUCUAUAGUUCUCCACCACCACCAUACUAUUCACCAUCCCCAAAAGUGUACUAUAAAUCUCCUCCACCACCAUAUGUUUACAGUUCCCCUCCACCGCCACCUUAUUAUUCUUCUUCACCAAAGGUUGAAUACAAAUCUCUCCCACCUCCAUAUGUUUACAAAUCUCCACCUCCACCAUCGUAUUCACCUUCUCCAAAAACUGAGUACUAAACUUCUCGGCGGCUUAUGUAUUACUGAAACCAAAAAUGUAAUUCUUAAAUAAGCUAUCGAAUUUUAUUUGAUUUUAUCUUUCUUUUGUUCAUGAUUUUUCUCGUAUCUAAUCAAUUUUAAUUUUCUUGGGA